UAAGUACCUUUUUGUGUAUAUCUUACCUGCCACUUCUCGACUUCUUCAGAGCCCGAAAUUCUUGCUUGUCUUGGAACCAACUAGUAGAUUACCUUUUUAGCUUAUAAUACCAUUCCUAUGCUCUUCUAUUUGGUUUAUUUAUGGAGCCUAUUUUGGCUCACAUCUCAAUACGCGAUCGAGAAGCGGGCUUGCGGGCAGGUGUGGAUGCAGUGUGGCGGCUUAGAGUUCACAGGAGAAACCUGUUGCGCUGCAGGCAACAAGUGCGUUAAACAAAGCGACUACUACUCUCAAUGCCAGCCAGAUCCCUCGGCAUCAGUAGGCUCUGCAGGAAGCAACCCACAAUACACCCCAACUGGACCAACAGCAUACACAACCACUAUUGCAGUGAGCACGACAUCCCACGCUCAAUCCCCAUACCCAACCCCGACCGGAAGCGGCAAUGGAUGCGGGUCAUGGCAAAUGACUGAAGGCGUAUGCUGCCCAUCCUACAACAAAAACGACAAUCGAUCCGAAAGCUGUGGCAGUGGAGGUGAAUGCGUGACUCCACCCGCCGCGAUGUGUAAGAGUGGGACUAUGUAUCCUGAAGUGCAUUCUGUAGGAAAUAACGAGAACUGGCAUUACAGCCGCUCAACCCACUUCGGCCUAACCUCUGGCGGCGCUUGCGGUUAUGGGCUCUACGGGCUCUGCACUAAAUCCAGCAAAACGUCCUCUUGGACCGAUCCCAUGCUCGGCUCCACCUGUGACGCAUUCUGCAAAGCCUACCCGACCCUCUGCCGCGACCCGUCCGAUACCACCCUCCGUGGAAACUUUGCCGCCCCAAACGGCGACUACUACACCCAAUUCUGGUCUUCCCUGCCCGGUAAUUGGGAUAACUACCUCUCUUGCGGCGAAUGCUUCCAACUCGUCCACACAAAGCCCGACGGCUCCCUCUACACUGUUGGUGAAGCUGGAUAUACUGAGCCUAUCGUUCUCGAAAUCGUAGAUUCGUGCCCCUGCUCCGCAAAUUCGAAAUGGUGCUGUGGACCCGGCGCGGAUCACUGCGGUGAGAUAAACUUCAAAUACGGAUGUCCGCUGCCCUCUGAUUCUAUCCACCUCGAUCUAUCCGACAUCGCGAUGGGUAGACUGCAGGGCAACGGCAGUAUGAAUGACGGCGUAAUCCCCACGCGCUACAAACGCAUCCCAUGUCCUAAGCCAGGUAACAUCUAUCUCUGGCUACGCGAAGGCGGAUCAGCAUACUACUUCUCGCUCACCGCAGUCAACGCUGCGGGCAUCGGCAGUAUAACAAACAUUGAAGUCAAAGGGUCGACGAAUGGCGCGACGUGGACCAGCUUGGUCAGAGAUCCGCAUUAUACGAGUUCACGGCCGCAGGAGCGGUAUGGGGCGUGGACGAUUCCGCAGAACACGGGGCCGUAUGAUUUGCCGAUUGCGGUGAGAUUGACGAGUGCGGCCGGGGAGGUGGUGGUGAGUGAGAUGGCGAUAAAGAGUUUUACGCCGCCAGCGGAUGCGGUGAAGGGGUUUUGGUAUGUGGAUACUGGGGUGCAAUUUUCGAUGUAGUUGAGAGGAUGGGGAUUGGUGUGUUGAUGGGACUGGCAGAGGGGUGGAACA